AUGCCUGGUGUAUUCUCUCGCUUGGUAGUUCCCACAGUUUUCUUGUGGGCGCUCAGUCUAUCCUCCGUCCAAGCAGACCAGUCAACAACCAUCACGACUGACCUUUACCCCGAGACCUGGAAUGGCUGGGGCGUAUCUCUGGCUUGGUGGGCUAAAAUAUUCGGGGACCGAAAGGACCUUGUAGAUAUUGUCUUCAGCUUGGAUUCGACUUAUUGGAGUCCUGGUAGCGAGACGCUGCCUGGUUUGGGAUUGAAUAUCCUGCGAUACAAUGCUGGUGCGUGUUCAUGGAAUACCAUUAACGGCACCGUGAGUAUGGUCGCAUCCGAAAAUAUCCCCGCCUCCAAGCAGAUAGAAGGAUAUUGGUUGGAUGGGCUGAGUACCAAUCCUAGCUCCUCUAGCUGGAACUGGACCGUGGAUGCAAACCAGCGCACUAUGAUGCUGAAUGCCCAAGCGCGAGGUGCAGAUACAUUUGAGCUCUUCUCCAACUCGCCUAUGUGGUGGCAACUGAGCAACCUCAAUCCAAGUGGUGCUUCUGAUGGUGGAAGCAACCUGCCUGCGUCCCAGUAUCAGAAUCAUGCGAUUUAUCUUUCUACGAUUGCCCAGUAUGCCCAAGAGAACUGGGGACUUACCUUUACUUCGAUCGAGGCAUUUAAUGAGCCAUCUUCCAGCUGGUGGGUGUCCACCGGUACCCAAGAGGGAUGUCAUUUUGAUGCCGCCUCCCAAGCAUCCUUGAUUCCCAUCCUUUCGAAGGAAAUGAAGGCCCGUGGGUUGGACAACACCAUCAUCGCUGCUUCCGAUGAGAACACUUUCGAAUUAGCCCUUGACGGCUGGGACACUAUUACCAAAGCAACCGAAAAAGCAUAUGUUGGACGCGUCAACACACACGGUUACGAAGCUCUUAGCGGACCGCGCUCUGACCUCCGCGCUGCAGCUACCAGCGCUGGACAAGAACUCUGGGACAGCGAAUACGGAGACAGCGACAGUACCGGCGCGACACUCGUUCAAGUAAUCAUGAUGGAUAUAAAAUUGCUGCAGCCCAAUGCUUGGGUACACUGGCAGGCUAUUGACUCCUCGGACUGGGGACUCAUUAAUGGCGACAUCACAUCUGAUACACUUAGUGGUGCUACUACCAAGUACUAUAUGCUGGCGCAGUUCAGUCGGCAUAUUCGUUCUGGAAUGCAGAUUCUCAACAGUACUUCGAGCAAUGUCAUUCCAGCUAUUAAUGAGAGCAACGAUACGCUUGUUAUUGUUGCGGCGAACUGGGAUGAUGAACAGACUUUUACUUUUGAUCUUUCGGCCUUUUCUCAAAUUCCCGAUGAUGGUACGGCGGUUAGUAGCUGGCUGACCGAUACUGCUGGGGAUAAUUUGUACGCCAGUAGCGACGGGGUGGUUAUUGAGGAUAAGAAGAUCUCGGUAUCGAUUCCGAGUGAUACUGUACAGACAUUUGAGAUUUAUGGCGUGCAGAUCUAG